CGACCACUUCUUAUGUUUUUACUUUGUGUGGCUCUUGCAUUAGUUGGAAGUCUCAACUACAGCCUAUUGUGGCCCUUUCUACCACUGAGUCCGAGUAUGUUGCAGCCACAGAAGCGUUUAAGGAAGCCAUCUGGCUCAAACGCCUUGUCUCCGAAAUUGGGUUUCUCAAAAAGGGAGUUACCAUUUUCUCGGAUAGCCAAUCGGCUAUCCAACUUUGCAAAAAUCCUGUAUUUCAUGAUAGAACUAAGCAUAUUGAUGUUAGGUUCCAUUUCAUACGUGAUAUUGUUGAUGCAGGUGGAGUCAAGCUGUGCAAGAUCCCGUCGGAGUUUAACCCCGCGGAUAUGGGUACCAAGUGUCUUUCUGCUGAGAAGCACUUGUCCUGUAAACGCGUGUUAAACUUUGACUGUGGAUAACUGUGGGUUGCCUAAUAAAGUGUUUGCCCGUUGUGUCUGUUGAUAUUCCGGGUGACCCGGCGAUGAUGAGUCUUGUCACAACUUUGUUUUGUUACUCUACACCACCUAGGACCAAUAAGGUGGAGAAUGUUGGAGGUAUUGGUCCUACCAAGGCCUCCCUUCCACUUUAUUUGCUGAGGCUUGCACCCUAUUGUUUUACUCCCACUUUGGUACCUUUUAUCUUGGUAUAUUACCUGAUCAAUAAUAUACCUGUUGACUCCUUACCUGGCUUUGGCCUCUUGUACUGUCCACUGCAGUACCUGCUCUUGGCUUGCUAUACCCGUGAGUGUCCUUUGGCCAUCCCGUGAAUGUCCUUGUUGUUGGCCCAUAGGCUGGCAGCCUACUAUAAGUCAACCCUUUCCCCUUCUUUGUGAGAGCAGCCUGCGAGAAACACUUCCAGAGAGCAGUGCUCUCCUUCUUCUCUUUCCCUUUGUGUGAGAAUUGAGAGUAGGACUUAGUGGUGAGACAAAAACAGAGAGUUGUGCUAAAGCUUCCCCUAGUGUGGUGUAUGUGAGUAAAGUGUGUAGAAAGACCUGAGCCGGAGACGGAAAUAAACGGUCCUUACACUUCCAAGUAAUAUCCAAUGUGGGCUUCUUUUUAUUGAAAAACCAGUUAAGAGGCACAACAUUACAAAGAUGAGCUAUUUACCUUUUGUAAUUUUAUUGUUGUAAUUGAUUUUAAUUUACAUAGUUACGACUGUGAUUUUUUUGUAAAAAUGUGUUAUGUGUUUAUUAUUUUUAGUUGAAGUUAUUUUUUUAAAGUUAUUCUCUAUUUGCUAUGACAGGAAAUGGGAGCAAGAGUUUGGGGCUUCUAAGAGAAAGCUUAACAAAAAAGGGAUGAGGUUGUACAUUGAUGAGUUCCAGCCUCGCUUAGUUUGACUUCCGGCCGAGCGCUCGCCGGAGUAUGCCAACUGCUAUCACCACGACUACAUAAGCAACGGCGGUUCGCGUCUCUCUCGGUUCAAUCUGAAAAUGCUUCCUAGUCGGAGCAAUUCGGCCCAUCCAGGUUGUCCGCACUCGUCGCCAUAUUCAUGCCCUCUCGUUCUUCACCUGCGCAGCAGCAAUUUCUGCGUCCUGGCUCUUUUUCUCUACGAUUCCAACCCUUCUGGCUCCUACAUCACUUGAGAAGCUAAUGGAUGCCAUGAGAGAGGAACUUCCAGAAACAAUGGCUGCAGUGCGGUUAUCUGGAAUGGACAUCAGUGACCUGACAAUGGAGCUCGAUCGAUCAGUGACCUCGGUCGGGAAUUAACACAAGGCGUGGCAGGGGAGAGGCUGCAGCAGUUGACCAACAUUGCACCAUCAGCUACCACGCAGAACCAGCAUUGGCUAGAAAUUUGUCAGGGGGCAUACGGGAGGGGGUUGUUAAAGGGUUGCUAAAUUUUGUGGAUUGAAAGUUGAACAAAGAGUGCUUCCAGGCUUCGAUUUCUGUCAAGUCCCUUUACAAUUAUUUCCCUCUGUCUAGGGGUUGAUAUAGUCCAGUUCCGGACCGGCCGGUCCCGGGGGAGGUGGACCCGAGACCGGCACAGGUAUUUCCGGUUUGCACCGGUUCCCGUCAACCGUGAACCGUGAAACACAGUACGUCAGGUGGCCUUCAUUCCAGUCCUUCCGGUGUUAAGAGACAGAGGCGACUUCCGACUGGCCUCCCUUCCCUUUUCUCACGUUUCUCUCUAUUUUACUAACGACGCAGGUCGUCGAAGUUUGGUUUGG